UUUUUGUUUUUGUUCGUAAUAACUGCAAGAUGGAAUGCUACUUCAAGGAGUUGGGAAUCAUCGAUGGUCUGACGCUUAACAUGGAACGAGUAAAGCAACAUCUGGCGAAUGUAGAGGAACGUGCACGAGAGUUUUACGAGACUGCCUACAAAACUUGCGAUGACGAGCUCGAUGAGGACAAACAUAAAUUUCAUGUUGUGAUGUGCAGCCCAUAUCCAACCGCCAUUCAGAAAUGUGUGCAGGAAAAAAUGAUCCAGCAGUGUCCGGAGGAGUAUUUUGUCAAGAGUGAACUUUGCGACCAAGUGAAAAACGGAGACAAACUUUGCGAGAACUAAAUGUGUUACAGAAAUGACAAUUACAACAAUGAAUUUUUGAAACUAAAUUUCAUGUCAAACCAGAA